UCAGGAGAUGAGGAGCCCACAACACAGUCGGACCGCAGUGAAAUUCAGGGUACCCUGAAGAUACUUGUCAGCAAGCUUGAUGACCUCAGCACUUGUAAUGACCUAAUCGCUAAGCAUGGAGCUGCCCUGCAGCGUUCCCUCAGUGAACUGGAAGGAUUGAAAGUCCCAUUGGAAGGAGGGGAAAAGAUCAAGGCAGUUAACGAGCGAGCCACCCUUUUCCGCAUCACUUCCAAUGCUAUGAUCAAUGCAUGUCGAGACUUUUUGGACCUAGCUGAGACUCACAGCAGGAGAUUGCAUCGGGCGCUACAGUAUGAGCGAGAGCAGCGUACACACCUAGAGGAGACGAUCGAACAGCUCGCAAAACAGCACAACAGCCUUGAGCGAGCGUGGAGAGAAGCACCCACGCAUGCUUCCAGCACACCCAGUGUCCCAACCACCAGUCAGGGAAACCAAAGGGUGAACAAAGAGGACGCAAGUGAUGAAGAUGAGGAUACUGAGUACUUUGAUGCCAUGGAGGAUGCACCUACUUUUAUAACAGUGACUGCCAGUGAAAGCACGCAGCACAGGCGAUCUCAGGGUAAUUUAAGUGGAGCGAGCGGAGGCCAGACCAGUGACUGGAACCAGGACGACCAUAUGUCUCCGAGCUAUAACGAUGUGUCAGGGAAGGAGCUACUGCCGCGCAGACAGAGGCGGACUCAUAUCCCAGACAAGCCCAAUUAUUCCCUAAAUUUAUGGAGCAUCAUGAAGAACUGCAUCGGCAAGGAGCUCUCUAAAAUCCCUAUGCCUGUAAACUUUAAUGAGCCUCUGUCGAUGCUGCAACGUCUCACUGAGGACCUGGAGUAUCAUGAGCUUCUAGACAAGGCAGCACGCUGUGAGUCUUCCCUGGAGCAGAUGUGCCUAGUUGCUGCCUUUUCUGUUUCCUCCUACUCCACCACAGUCCACCGAACAGCCAAGCCCUUCAACCCCCUCCUGGGAGAGACCUAUGAGCUUGACCGCCUGGAGGAAUUUGGCUACCGCUCAUUGUGUGAGCAGGUGAGCCACCACCCGCCUGCAGCUGCACAUCAUGUGAUUUCCCAAAGAGGCUGGACCUUGUGGCAGGAAAUCACCAUCGCCAGCAAGUUCCGCGGCAAAUACCUCUCCAUUAUGCCUCUGGGUGCCAUUCACCUGCAGUUUCACUCCAGUGGGAACCACUAUGUGUGGCGAAAGGUCACAUCCACGGUGCAUAACAUCAUUGUGGGCAAACUGUGGAUUGACCAGUCAGGAGACAUCGAGGUCAUUAAUAACAGGACGAAGGAGACCUGCCAGCUGAAGUUCUCUCCUUACAGUUAUUUCUCCAGGGAUGUUCCACGGAAGGUAACAGGUGUGGUAGCAGACAGCGGAGGCCAGGCUCAUUACAUCCUCUCUGGUACAUGGGAUGACAAAAUGGAGAGCGCUAAGAUCGUUCAGAGCAGUCGAGGAGGAAGCGGAUCAGAAGGAAAGCAGAAGACAGUCUAUCAGACUUUAUCUCCCAAACUCCUCUGGAAGAAAUACCCUCUACCGGAAAAUGCUGAGAACAUGUACCACUUCUCAGCUCUGGCUCUGACCCUGAACGAGCCUGAAGACGGGGUGGCGCUGACCGACAGUCGGCUGAGACCAGACCAGAGGCUGAUGGAGGAAGGCCGGUGGGAUGAGGCAAACUCGGAGAAACAGAGACUAGAAGAGAAACAAAGAGCUGCAAGAAGACGGAGGGAAGCAGAGGCCACAGAUGCUCUGGAUGAAGAGUGUGAUUAUGAUUCUGGUAGAGACUAUGAAGGCUACCAGCCGCUGUGGUUUCACCAGAGGAGGGACUCUGUCACUGGAGAGACAAACUUUGUGUACAAGGGAGGUUACUGGGAGUCGAAGGAGAAAGAGGACUGGAGCAUGUGCCCUGACAUCUUUUAGCUCAGGAGCUCGUCUUGGAUGACUCCGACCUCACUGGACAGGGAGCUGUCCAGCCUCUGGCCUCAAGCAGUGAAAGCUAGCUGGCUUACGAGCACCAAAAGGACCUUUAGGAGUGUGAGAAAUGUCUCACACAGUCUCUGAUUACACAUUACCUCCAAAAGAUAUGUUUCUUUAUUUUAACUUGGAUUAAAAAAAAAAAAAUCACAGGGAGUUCUGUCAGCAGUCCUCCCUGCACAGUGCUGAAAUUCUGCUGCUCCACAAAUAAAACUCACAAUGCACUUUUCCAGAAUGUCCUCUACUACAGAUUAACAACAGCAGAGCUAAAGCUCAUAUGAUUGCAGAUUUUUAUUAGUCUGGUGAAAUAAUUAAAAGCCACGCUGAAACACAGCAGUGUUAAAUUCAGAUCAGUAUUUCCACUGGAUGACAAACAUCGUCCUUAAAACUUAAAAUCCCACUUAAAACAAAGCUAUAGACUUUUUACAUCCACAUGAUUACAUUAUGGUGGAUUUGCAAAGAAAGUUGUGAAAGUGUUGGUAAGAGGGAUUGUAUGAUGAGAUAUAGCAGAUCAAAGUGCUAAAGUGCAAUUACAAUGAAAUCAUAAAAGGAAAAACUGAAUUUUAAAGUAAAGUCUGAAAAUCAGGCUGUAUAUGAUAAAUAUAGAAUAAAUCAAUAUAAGAAAUAAAAGUAGUAAGUUGAUCAGGUUG